AUGAUUCGCGUCUUCUUUUUAGCCUCACUUGUUCUCUCUUUUGUACCUUAUAUUCACUCUGCUACAGAACUCAACACUUCUCUGUCUAUCUGCCCAGAAAGUUUCAGUUGUCCAAAUUUGGCCUCCUUCACGUAUCCGUUUUAUAAUAAUGCCACUGACAUGCAAUGUGGGUUGAUUAAGGUCAUCUGUACUUUGAAUGGUGGGAGUAUUCAACUUGGAAGAAACUCAUAUGACAUUUAUAGCAAGUAUGUGUCUGAUCCGAUGGUCUCAAUCCGUAAUUUAACAUUUGAAAAACUUGUAAAUGAUAGCAAUUGUGAGGCACUUAUGGAUAAUUUCAUUUCUCCAAGUCCUCAUUUGUAUUCCAUCUCAAUCGUACCCUUCAUCACUCUCUACAAAUGCGCAAAGCUUCCAAAUUAUGUUGCAGAAAUGGAAGCUUAUUUUGACCAAUCUAAUUACAAUAAAAAGAGAUGUGGAGAUUACAAUUUCUACUAUAACCAUUCCAUCAGUGAUAGAGCAGUUCCAAGUGAUCUCCCGCCUGCAUGUCAAGUAAUACAGCUGCCUGUGAAUGUGGGAGAGAGAAGUAAUGGUAACGAGACUAACAUAUUUUCUCUUCUUAGUUCUGUAGUCUCUAUUUAUUUUGUAACUCCAUGCAAUAAGUGUCAAAAGGAAGAGGGCCGAUGCUACACUCUCAAUGGACACUUCCAGUACUGCAAAAAUGAAACAUCAGUCAGAAAACGGAAACUGAUCCUAGGUAAUACACAUCUUUCAUCAAAAGCAUUAGUGGAGCUACUACCCUUUUUAGCCUUUCUUGUUAGAAUCCAGGUGUGA